GCACUUUUCAUUCGUCGACGACGUUUUUCCCGUUCACCUUCCAUUUUGUGAGCAAUAUUCCUCGUGCGCGAUUCUUCUGUAGUCUGUACUCUGUCUCUCCGUUCAAUAAACGUAAAGCGAACGUCAUCAGUAUCAGUCUGCCGUCCAUUUUUGCUGCCGUCGUAUAUUUUUUUCCUGUCGGCCCAUUAACGUUUUCAACAGCCGUCGUUGAAUUACAUUUUCAUUGGCGUGUUGAGUCCGCGGUUGUUGUUUUUUCGUCUUCUCGAAAUAAUUGAAUAAGUACAAUAAUAAUGAAGGUCCCCAAGGAAGAAUCUAAAGAACAAAAUAAUGACAAUACAUUAAAUGAUGAUGAUAAUUUGAGUAAUCCAUAUGAUACAGAAUCAAAUUCAGAUUCUAUUGAUCCACCGACCAGAGAUGGAGAUUUUUCUGAAUAUAUGUGGAUGGAAAAUCAAGAAGAGUUUGAUUUACAGGUUAUGAAAGAAUUAGAAGAAAAAGAAUUGAUGAAAGAAUGUCUUGAAGCUAUGUUAGAUGAUGAACAACAUAAUAGCAAACCAAAUGGCACAGCAAAUGGCGAUGCUCAAACAAAUGGUUCAAGUAGUUCUACCUCAAUGAUAACCCAUAGACUUGAUCAUUUGAGCUUAAAUACAUCUUGCAAUAAUGGUGACCAGCCAAGGCAAUCUACAAGUACUUUAAAUCCAGAUGCAGCUGAAUUUGUACCAUUAGCAACCAGGUCUUUGACUAAUGCUCCUGUAGUAGUAGCAAGUCCUUCAUAAGCGAGAAAUAGAUAUUUUUAACAUGCAACUAUAUAUUAUAAAUAUAUAUAUAUAUAAAAUAAAGUAAAUAUUAAUCUAUCA